GAUGCUCUUUUGGUAGCACUGAAAUUCAACACUAUUGGUAGGACUGUCCUAAUAUCGCCAAAUUACAUACUUCAGAUUUAUCGUCGUCUCCUCGCAAGCUCGCAAAUCCGCGAAAAUGUCCAAGAGGAACUCCAGCAACGAUUACAGAAAAGGGUCAAGUGCCUACAGAGCGGAGGAUGACAGGGAAGACGAAAGAGUUCGGGAAAGAUCACCAUUGAGAUCAGAUGAACGUCGAGAUUCCAGCAGUCUCUCUCAUCUAGAAGCCAAGAAGCAAAAACUGGCCUUUGGCUUUGGAAAAAAACCUAUCAGUGCUGAAACCAAAAAGGGGAUACAAAUCAAAUUAGGAUCAGCAUCGAAGCCUAUUUCAAAACCAGCAGCUGUUCAGAAGCCAACAGUAGCAUCAGUUUUUAAUGCAGAUGAUGAUGAUGAGGAACCUGAAGAAAUGCCAGCAGAAGCUAGAAUGAGAAUGAGGAAUAUUGGGAGAGAAACUCCAACUUCUGCAGGUCCAAAUUCAUUUGGCAAGACGAAACAGGGCUUUUGUGACUCAAAGAAAAUCUUUGAGAAGACAUUGAAGAAAGCCAUGGAAGAGGCUAAUAAAUGAUUCCCUGAUAAACGACGUACCUCACGGCUGUUAAAUAUAUAUUAAUUUAAUAUUUACAAUAAUUAGAGUGAGUCCUGAUCGUUUUUUAAUCGAUCAUAAUUCAUCGCGAUUAUAAUUAAGGAGUUAAACUUUUCAAACUGGAAAUACGAGCGUCCAUUUGUUUCCAAUCUAUCUUUCUUCUCUUUUUCCGUAUCUCUAAUACGAUUAUAAAAAAAAAAUUCUGCAAUGUUAAUAGCAGUCUCUAAGACAUUGUCGAAUUAGAUUGCAUAGGUAAAGUCUCAUACAAAAAGAAAAGAGAACAACCAGUAGGCCUGCUCUUUACAAUGUCUGAUAAUUGUAUUUAUGACAUUACUAAGCCAUUGUAUUUAACACAUAUAUCAUAAAGCAAAAAUUAAUUUUAAUAGGUGAAAAGAACUUGAUAGAGUUUGUUAAUCGCGACGUUUGUGUAAAACUUCUAUCGCCUGUGAUCAUGACGAAAUACAGAAACGGUUUUAUGAAUUACGGAUUUUUGCAUAUAGACAUUCAUUGGAAUCUUGAAUUAAAUAUCAUUAACAAAUCACUUAAAAAUAAACGAAUGAUAGUUAAAAAGUAA